AUGCCUCUGAAUGUUGUAACUCCAUCUGAACCGAAGGACCCUUCGAUGAUUUACAAAUUUAAUAUAAAUGAAACAUACUCUGGAGACCUGGAAGGAAUUCUCGUUUUAUGCUUAUUAGCAAUUCUCCUUGGAAUAUUUCUGAAGGUUAUCGAAAUCAUUUUUGUUGUAAUUUUCGUUCUGAUUUCAAUAUUCUUAACAGCACGGAACGGAGAAAUAAACAUCGUAUCGAUACUACCCAUGAUAAUAAUGGUCGUGAUGACGUCGGGCAUGACAUGGCUUCAACAAAAGAACUUUAACAAAAGACAGCUGAGCAAGUUCGAGAUUUGA